AUGGAAUGCGGCAAACUCAUGAAAUUGUCGACGGAGGUCAAAUGGCUGGCGGACUUAUCUUACAUUCAAAGGGUUUCAGAGUUUUUCGAAUCUUUCCCAAAAUCAUUCGCUUUCUCAGACCACUUUGGACAAUCGGGCUUUCCGAUGCAAAGUUUUUUUAUCCUAUGCCUGACACCCAUAUCGAGAGCUACCAUGAAGUCGAACAAACUCGUAAUCUCACCCACGGAAGCUGGCGUUGUAUCGUGGACCGUAGACAUCGCCCUCAACGGCGAGAUCAUACGCGCCCGAGUCCCACUCAAUCUCCCAAUAACCAAUGCUGAAGGAGAUGAGAUAGUUUGGUACCUUGAGAGGUAUCCGCAGUCGCCCUUUGACGCAGACCGUGCAAUCAAAUGCAUCCGCUUGCUCGAGAGGUACAGCGACGCACUCUUUGAGCAACUAGGGUUGGCGACUGUAGGCCCGAUGAUAAAACUGGCGGAGACGCCGGGCUGCGAAGUAGAGACGCUUAUAGUGGAAAUAUUUCAAAAUCUCAGCGAUGGAGUCGGACCUUCCAUUCAUCAAAUUUAUUGGGAACUCUUGGAAGAUGAGAGGCUGUGGUUAGGAAUGGUCGGGGCUGUGGUCGUCAGGCGAAAAUUUACAUCAUGCAGAAUUACAAAACAUCUCGAUGAGGACACCGCCAGCCUUUCCAACCGCGAUAAAUUGGUACCAUGGGGACCUCUUGAGACCACCGCGAAACUCCCGUCCUUCAAUGUUCUACUCGUCGUUGCAAGGAACUUGGACCCAGAUAAUCCAGAAGUCGAUCCCAUCCUUGGACUGGCCCCUCUUUCCACGCUUUUUCGGAAGAUGAAGCAGGCUUCUGGCUAUCGGUUUUCCCUGGAGGUGGUCCGCCCAGGUACAUAUGCUGCUUUCCGAAAGCACUUGCAACUGUCUACAGAAAGGCAUGGUCAAGGAUAUUUUCACCUCGUUCAUUUUGACAUGCACGGUAUUGUCGUGAGCCAACCAACUCGGAGUACGACCGAAGAAGCAAAUCCGAGCCACGGCGGAAAAUUGGAUUUUGUCCCUGCUCGAAGAAUCGCCAAGCUUGUUCAGCAACACAGCAUCCGUCUCGUUGUCUCCAAUGGAUGUAGGUCGGCUAGCACGCACGCCCAUGAUGUAGAGGCAAACUUGGCAGCAGUCAUGCUGGAGGAAGGUAUCACGAAUGUGUUGGCCAUGCAGACAGAAUUCAUGAGCGGCGCGGCCAAACUCUUCAUUAUACAGUUCUACCGGAGCUUUCUGCAACAUGGAGUUUCCUUCUCUCGAGCCGUUCGAGAUGCGCGGGAGCACCUUCAGCACAAUCCACUACGCAGCGCUCGUUUUGGACUGGAGGUCCCCUUACAAGACUGGAUCGUACCAGUGGCCUAUCUCACCGAUGUUGAUUUGGAGAUUACACCUCCGAAAGUCCACCAAAAUAUUCCUCCGCCUCUAUCUGAACGCGCCGUAGAACGCGAUUCAGAAUUCAAUGGGCCUGACCUAGUUGGAAGGGAUUGCGAUGCUUUGAGGAUCGAGAGAGAUUUGACUGAAUCUCAAGUCCUGAUUCUGUACGGUCAGGCAGGAGUGGGCAAGACCGCAUUGCUCCGACAGAUGGUGGACGUCUGGAGAGCCACCAGCUUUGUUGAGCAAGUCUUCUACGUUGACUUUGCGCAAUCACCGACCCCAGUGACCAUGCACCGUUUUGUGGACAGAAUCAACGGCAACGAAGGUCCUGAGAGUGGGAUCGCCCAGAAAAUGGGGGAGGCCGUUUUAGGGUGGUGGAACAAAGAAAAACCAAAGCCUCCACGUAACAUACCGGCGGAGGUUGCGCAGUUAAUUCAAAACUGUCGUGACCAUUCGACAAUCUUUGUUCUCGAUAGCCUUGAUGCGGCAUUGUCGAGCUUGCCUCAAUAUGCCAAGUUGGGGUCACUGGCCGAGGAAACACGACAAGAGCUCUACCAAUUUGUUGAGAGCCUCAUUAAUUUCACGCCGGCGAAAGGACAGAGGAAACCACUGUUGGUAUUAAUCGGGCGAGGCGACGAGGCUUGGUGGAAUGAGCGGUUUCAGCAGGUUCCUGCUCGAUUCAUCAAUCUCAAACCUUUGGACCUUCCAUCGGCGGUCAUCUUGGGGACGAGAAUUCUGGAACAAGCGGGGGUUGAUACGAAUCGUUGGGACGUAGGCGAGAAAAACAGCCUCCACCAAAUAGUGAAUCUCUUCGGUCGACUACCGCUGGUGUUAGAAGUAAUGCUUCCAAAUGCUCGGAAUAUGACCCUGGGCGAAUUUUAUCAGAAUACCCAUCUUCACAUGAUCCCUGGGGCUGAUGUUAUGUGGAAACACAAGCCUUCAACGCCGGGAAGCGAUAGGUUACUGCAUGACCUUUUUCGUCGGUUCAACUGUGCCUCCUUCCAAAUGCGAAACGUUCUCCGCUCGUUGGCCCUUUUUUGGCUAGAGGGACCUGCAAUUAUUGGAAUCCUUGCGGCGUGGCAUGAGUUAGACCCGGGAAUGCCUAGAGUAAUCGGGAAGGAUUUUGGGAGUAUCUUUAAUAUCUUCAAGGACGUCGGCGGGUGGGCGAUGAACGUCGACACGGAAUGCAUAACAGAAGUCCACCCUCUGAUGACCAUAUUCCUCCGAUCAAUGCUCCGGUCCUAUAUUCCCUUCGAGACUCGGUUAAAGGACGACCAACUUUUCAAGGCAUAUCGAAUCAUGGUCGACCGAACGCAGAACCAAUUAAUGAUGCUUAACUUCACUGGGAAGUAUGAUUUUGCGUUGAUCUGCAGGAUUCAAAAACGGUCUCUUGUUAAUAUAGUGGCUGUUAUGCAAGAUUGCGCAAAUGAGGGUGCAUCGCUUAAAGCGGAAGAUUGGCCCCGAGAUAGCCUUGUCUACUUCUUCAGCACCAGCCGAUUCGCGUUCAGAGACUCCGUCCCUGACCAUCGAUAUCUCCUGUCGUAUCUUGAGCCAACACUCAAACAAUAUGUCGCAACAUUUGGGGGGCCCAAGCAGUCUUUGGCUACGAAAGAUCUCCCGUUUGCUUUGCAGAUAUCGAAUCACCUGGCGAUCAUGUACUUGGCAGAAUUUCAGGUCGCCCUUGAGCAAGCCUCACGUCAUGUUGACUUUUCCAUCGAUCUGAUCAAAGCCUCCGAAUGGGAGCACACACCGCUGUCAAUUCCGGCAGAAAUUCACGCGAAACAGAUUGCGUUCCGUCUCAAAGCUUUCAUAUGCCUUUUCCAGCGUAAUUUCGACGAUGCGCAGGCGUACUGGGACAAGCAGUGCGAGCUGGAGAUUGUCACGCUCGGAGGAGCUCAGAGCGUUGGUGGCCAACAGGAUGGAAGUAACGCGCUUGGGCAGAGUUGGAUAGAAGGUGUAGCAAACCUGGGACUGUCGGACUCAUCGGGAAGAGUCCAAGUUGGAGAUAUCAUUAAAGAGGUCUCCACGAAAUACCUUCCUGCACUGGCUCAGCUUCGUCAAUCAGCAUGGACCCAUAUGGUGAAAGCCAUCAAAGAAGAUGAUAGCUCUACACUGGAGGGUGAGAUUCGUCCAUACGCCCGAACGUUUAUGGAACAAGCAUUCGGCCUGUCAACACCAGCGAUGAGCCGCGUUCUGGACGUUUCCAAAGAAACUUCGUAUGAUGUUGGUUAUUUGCUGGAAGACCAUGACUACUCUUCCGUCGACCAAUUGACACAAGAGCUGGAGACGGGCCUUGAUCGCGCUGAUGCAGGGCGCGUAGUCCGAGCAGAAUACAAGUUACUCCGCGAAGCGUUGGAACAGGGAAAUUGGGCUGGCGCGCAAGUCCACAUUCGACUUCUCCUACAACAUCUUCCUGCGUUGCCUGGGGUAUCCCCGCAACUGCUCAUGGGACUGUCUAUGCUCGAAGAAAGCUUCAAAUUCGAGCUGGGGAGAGACGUAGAAGGCGAUGGAUUGAGUAUGCUUAUCAACGCGGUCAAAAUUUUGAUGGCCGAUGGCGAGGCGGCAGUGCUGGCCAAUCUAACAAGUCCUUGA